CGGCGGCGGCCCGGCUUCGUGUGGUCCGGGAGGCGGUGGCCGAGCCAAGGGGCUCAAAGACAUUCGUAUCGACGAGGAGGUGAAGAUCGCCGUCAACAUCGCUCUGGAGCGCUUCCGAUAUGGUGACCAGCGAGAAAUGGAAUUUCCUUCUUCUUUGACCAGUACGGAAAGAGCCUUUAUCCACCGACUGAGUCAGUCUCUUGGUUUAGUUUCUAAAAGUAAAGGAAAGGGAGCAAAUAGAUACCUAACUGUGAAGAAGAAAGAUGGAUCAGAAACAGCUCAUGCAAUGAUGACCUGUAAUUUGACUCAUAAUACAAAACAUGCUGUUAGGAGCCUAAUUCAGAGAUUUCCUGUCACCAAUAAAAAGCAUUCUUAACUUCUGCCUAAAACAGAAAGAGGAAAUGUGUUUGCAGUCGAAGCUGAAAACCGAGAAAUGAGCAAGACAAGUGGGCGACUCAACAAUGGCAUACCUCAAGUUCCUGUGAAAAGGGGAGAAUCUGAAUUUGAUUCAUUCAGGCAGUCUUUACCAGUUUUUGAGAAACAAGAAGAAAUAGUUAAAAUAAUAAAAGAAAAUAAAGUAGUUUUGAUUGUAGGAGAAACUGGCUCUGGAAAGACCACACAGAUUCCUCAGUUCCUAUUAGAUGACUGCUUUAAAAAUGGCAUCCCCUGCCGAAUAUUUUGUACUCAACCAAGACGAUUAGCUGCUAUUGCUGUGGCUGAAAGAGUUGCUGCAGAAAGAAGGGAAAGAAUUGGCCAAACAAUUGGUUAUCAGAUCCGAUUAGAAAGCAGGGUUUCUCCAAAGACACUUCUGACAUUUUGCACUAAUGGGGUAUUACUUCGUACGUUGAUGGCAGGCGAUAGUACAUUGUCAACUGUGACCCAUGUCAUUGUGGAUGAAGUGCAUGAAAGGGAUCGAUUCAGUGAUUUUUUACUUACAAAGUUAAGAGAUUUGUUGCAAAAACACCCCACUUUGAAACUAAUCCUUUCUAGUGCUGCCUUGGAUGUGAACCUCUUCAUCAGAUAUUUUGGAAGUUGUCCAGUGAUAUAUAAGGAGAAACAGCAGACCACACUCACAGAAUGGUACUCAGCUCAAGAGAAUACUUUCAAGCCCGAAUCUCAGAGGCAGCGGGCUGUUGCAAGUGUGUCUGAGGAAUAUGAUUUAUUGGAUGAUGGAGGUGAUGCUGUAUUUAGUCAGUUGACAGAAAAAGAUGUGAAUUGCCUUGAACCAUGGUUAAUUAAGGAAAUGGAUGCUUGCCUUUCUGACAUAUGGCUGCAUAAAGAUGUUGAUGCCUUUGCUCAGGUCUUUCACCUUAUUUUAACUGAAAAUGUUAGUGUUGAUUAUAGGCAUAGUGAGACCAGUGCAACAGCUCUGAUGGUUGCUGCAGGACGGGGUUUUACAAGCCAAGUAGAGCAGUUAAUUAGUAUGGGAGCCAAUGUCCACAGUAAAGCAUCAAAUGGCUGGAUGGCUUUAGAUUGGGCUAAGCACUUUGGACAAACUGAAAUUGUGGAUCUUCUAGAAUCUUACAGUGCUUCAUUAGAAUUUGGAAAUCUAGAUGAAAGUUCUUUGGUUCAAACAAACGGAAAUGACCUCAGUGCAGAAGACAGAGAGCUGCUGAAAGCUUACCAUCAUAGUUUUGAUGAUGAAAAAGUAGACUUGGAUUUGAUCAUGCAUCUUCUAUAUAAUAUCUGCCAUAGCUGUGAUGCUGGUGCAAUAUUAAUUUUUCUACCUGGGUAUGAUGAAAUUGUUGGUUUGAGGGAUCGUAUCCUGUUUGAUGACAAGCGGUUUGCUGACAAUACACACAGAUAUCAAGUCUUUAUGCUUCAUUCAAAUAUGCAGACAUCUGAUCAAAAGAAGGUAUUAAAAAAUCCUCCUGCAGGUGUUCGAAAAAUAAUUCUUUCCACCAAUAUUGCUGAAACAAGCAUCACUGUCAAUGAUGUUGUCUUUGUUAUUGAUUCUGGUAAAGUGAAAGAGAAAUCCUUUGAUGCACUGAAUUUUGUUACAAUGUUAAAAAUGGUAUGGAUUUCCAAAGCUAGUGCCAUACAGCGGAAAGGCAGAGCUGGACGAUGUAGACCUGGAAUUUGUUUCCGUCUGUUUAGUAGACUCCGAUUUCAGAACAUGCUGGAAUUUCAGACGCCAGAGCUCUUGAGAAUGCCAUUGCAGGAGCUUUGCUUACAUACUAAGCUGUUAGCCCCAGUUAAUUGUACCAUUGCUGAUUUCCUUAUGAAAGCUCCUGAACCACCUCCAGCUUUAAUUGUAAGAAAUGCUGUUCAGAUGCUUAAGACAAUAGAUGCAAUGGAUGCUUGGGAAGAUCUGACUGAGCUUGGGUAUCAUUUGGCUGAUUUGCCAGUAGAACCUCAUCUUGGUAAAAUGGUCCUGUGUGCUGUUGUUUUAAAAUGUCUGGACCCCAUCCUUACAAUUGCCUGCACUCUAGCUUAUCGAGACCCUUUUGUACUGCCUACCCAGGCCUCUCAAAAACGUGCAGCUAUGCUUUGUAGGAAACGUUUCACUGCAGGGACUUUCAGUGACCACAUGGCACUUCUCAGAGCAUUCCAGGCAUGGCAGAAAGCACGAAGUGAUGGCUGGGAGAGAGCCUUUUGUGAAAAGAAUUUUCUCUCACAAGCCACGAUGGAAAUCAUUAUAGGCAUGAGAACACAGUUGCUUGGUCAGCUUAGAGCAUCAGGUUUUGUUAGAGCACGAGGUGGUGGUGACAUUCGAGAUGUUAACACAAACUCCGAGAACUGGGCCGUUGUUAAAGCUGCAUUGGUAGCAGGCAUGUAUCCUAAUUUAGUCCAUGUGGACAGAGAGAAUGUAGUAUUGACAGGGCCAAAGGAAAAAAAAGUACGAUUUCAUCCCACUUCAGUUCUCAGUCAGCCUCAGUAUAAAAAGAUUCCUCCAGCCAAUGGUCAGGCUGCAGCAAUUCAGGCAUUGCCCACAGAUUGGCUUAUUUAUGAUGAAAUGACCAGAGGCCAUGUUAUUGCUAAUAUCAGGUGUUGUUCAGCAGUGACACCUGUUACUGUUGUGGUGUUCUGUGGACCAGCUAGGCUGGCAAGUAAUGCUCUCCAGGAACCUUCAUCCUUUAGAGCGGAUGGCAUUCCCAAUGAUAGUAGUGACAGUGAAAUGGAGGACAGAACUACUGCUAAUUUGGCUGCUUUGAAACUUGAUGAGUGGCUUAAUUUCAAAUUAGAGCCAGAGGCUGCCAGUUUAUUGCUCCAGCUGAGGCAGAAGUGGCAUAGCUUGUUUUUACGCCGAAUGAGAGCUCCAUCUAAACCUUGGUCUCAAGUUGAUGAAGCUACCAUACGAGCAAUUAUAGCUGUUUUAAGCACUGAAGAGCAGUCUGCAGGUUUACAGCAACCAUCUGGAAUUGGCCAGAGGCCAAGACCCAUGUCUUCAGAAGAACUUCCUUUGGCUUCAUCUUGGAGAUCCAAUAAUAGUAGGAAAAGUUCAGCUGACACCGAGUUUGCUGAUGGAUCCACUACUGCAGAAAGAGUACUGAUGAAAUCUCCAUCUCCAGCCUUACAUCCACCUCAGAAGUACAAAGACAGAGGAAUUUUACAUCCUAAGCGGAGCACUGAUGACCGAUCAGAUCAAUCAUCUGUGAAAUCUACAGACAGCAGCAGUUACCCAAGUCCUUGUGCUAGUCCCUCUCCUCCGUCCUCAGGGAAGGGUUCAAAAUCUCCUUCACCAAGACCAAACAUGCCUAUUCGUUACUUCAUAAUGAAGAGUAGCAAUCUGAGAAACCUUGAAAUUUCUCAACAGAAGGGUAUCUGGUCUACAACCCCUAGUAAUGAGCGGAAGCUAAACCGAGCCUUUUGGGAGAGCAGCAUGGUUUACUUGGUAUUUUCUGUUCAAGGAUCUGGACAUUUCCAGGGAUUCUCUAGGAUGUCUUCUGAGAUAGGAAGGGAGAAGAGCCAGGACUGGGGAUCAGCUGGACUAGGCGGAGUAUUUAAAGUGGAGUGGAUACGCAAAGAAAGCCUACCCUUUCAGUUUGCACACCAUUUACUCAAUCCUUGGAAUGACAACAAGAAAGUACAGAUAAGCAGAGAUGGGCAGGAGCUAGAGCCUCAGGUUGGUGAACAGUUGCUCCAGUUAUGGGAACGCCUUCCAUUGGGAGAAAAAACUCCAGCUGAUUGACAUUGACAUUCAGAACUCCUGGAUGUGGAAGAACAUUAUUCCUGUUGUAACUACUGAAUGCACUGACUUGUUUAAGCCUUGGUGAGGUGUUGUAUGUCAUGAGUGGGUUCUGUAGCUUAGAGUGUUACUACCGAAUCAUCAUUUUCAUUUAGAGGAAAAGAUCAUUUACAUUUUUGUAGUGAUUGUAGGCAGUGAUUAUAUAAUGUUAAUGAUAUGUUUCUGAUGUACAAAAUAGCAAUUUUGAUGUUUGAUACAACAGCACUUAAUUUGUAAUAUUUCUUUAAAACAUUCUGUUGAUGAUGACAAACUUUUUGGAUUUUUUUGUUUAUUUGUUUGUUUGUUUGGGUUUUUUGUUUGUUUGUUUUUGUUUUUCCAGACAGAAUUUCUUUGGGUAGCCUUGGCUGUCCUGGAACUAGCUCUGUAGACCAGGCUGGCCUGGAACUCAGAAAUCUGCCUGCUGCCUCCGCCUGAGUGCUGGGAUUAAAGGCAUAUGCUACCACCUCCCAGUGAUGCCAAACUCUUAAUUGCUGACUGUUUAAUUUGGGAAAGGCAUGGAUAUAUCAGUACAUCUAAACACCCUUCUAGAAGAGUCAGCUUUUAGGUUUAUCAUUAAGCAACAAAAAAAAAAAAAGAAAGAAAGAAAGGAAGGAAGAAAGAAAAGAAAUAAUAAAACCCUAAAAGUUUAAGUUAUCUCUUGAAGAACUAGUGUAUUUAUAAGGGCUAUUCAUUUUGUUAUUUUAACCUGAGAUAUAGAAAGAAAAAAAAAAACAGAAGGAAUGCCACUUUUCUCUGAUUACAGAAUGAGAUAAGAUCUGAAGAAAGGUAGUUUCUCUUUGCCUUUGAUUAGACCAGUGCUUAAUUUUAUUCCUGGUCCUGACUCUUUUAGCUAAUGUACGGUAUACUCAUUCUUUUUUUCUUCCCAUGAAACAACCUUCACAUAAUUAUUACCAUUAUGACCUCUUUGUUUUACUAUAGAAACACAGUUUAGCAAAACUAAAAUUUAUGAAAACUCAUACAAGUUUUUAAAAAAAUGUUCAUCGGUUGUUGGUAGCUUGGUUGCUAUAUUAUCUGUGAAACUAAAGCUCACAAGGACCACAAUUCUUUGUCUUCUUCCAUUUAGUUUUCAAUCUUUGUUCCUCUCCUAUGUUUUAUAUAAAUGGGGCAUUUAUUGUUGUAAGUCUGUGAAUGCCAAGUCUCAUGUUUCUUUACCAUCUCAGAGUAACUGUUUGACGUCUUUCCUAUCACUGGUUAAAGGUUUCCUUACGGACUUUUUAGAGAGAGUAGAAGUACAGGAUAGAAACAAUAGAAAUGUCUGUGUUACUGAGCUCUAAAUAGAGCAAUCCUGACAGUUCUUUUCAUGGCCUUUGAGUCAUUGUUAUAAAAUGAAUUUAAAGUUGAAAAGAAAACAAAAGUCUGGUUCUAUAUUUGAGAACAAAGAUUUGAAAAAUCAUGGAUCAGCAUGAAGUCUUGAGAGCUUUUCUACUUUCUCUGAGAAAACGUAUUGGUGCAUUGCUUUAAGAUAUCCGCUGUGACUUUUGCCUGUACUAGAAAUUGUGAUAUAUAGAUAAAUAUAUAAUAUAUGAAUGCAUACAUGUGCACACACACACACACUCAUUCACCCACUCACUCACACACUUGGAUACAUACCUGUAACCUGAGCCAAAGUGAAUUAUGCUUCAUUGUAUGUGUAUUACAUUUCUUUUCCUAUUCAAAAAACUUACAGUUUUCCUGAUAAUGUAUACUUUUUUUUAGGUGUAUAUGUAGAAGUUUUCAAGAUUCCAAAUUUGAAAGGACUUUUAAAACAUAAAACUUGUUUAAAUUUUCAUCUGUUUUGUAAUAUCUAGCCUUGUAAAUAAAUGAUGUGUUUGUUAGUAGAGUGAAUAUAAUUUGAAUGUAAUUAAAAUGCUGUCUUUUGGAGAAAUGAAUUUAAAUAUACUUAUUAAAUGAAAUUCUAUGAAGUUA